UACAAGAGAUGACCAGAGACUGCGGACACAGUACAGGAGAUGACCAGAGACUGCGGACACAGUACAGGGGAUGACCAGAGACUGUGGACACAGUACAGGAGAUGACCAGAGACUGCGGACACAGUACAGGGAAUGACCAGAGACUGCGGACAGUACACGAGAUGACCAGAGACUGCAGACAUAGUACAGGAGAUGACCAGAGACUGCGGACACAGUACAAGAGAUGACCAGAGACUGCGGACAGUACAGGAGAUGACCAGAGACUGCAGUACAGGAGAUGACCAGAGACUGCAGACACAGUACAG